GUAGUUUUUGGCUUUGGUUGAGUCUAAGCGGUGUGUCUUCAAGUGUCGUGCAUGCAUUUUAUGCAUCUGUUGUCGCUGUUGGCUGUUGCUGACUUGCCCUCUUGCUUUUGCUUUGCAUGCACUCUCUCCGUUUCUCUCUCUGCAAACAUAAACCUCGAUACCAAAACACGUUUUUUGGUCCUUUUUCUUUUAUGUGUAGUAGUAACUCUACCAAGGCAUGAUAAGCCCACAUAUUCGCCACCGCCGUUAAGCUUCUCUUUCUCUUUAUUACAGUACUAUUAGCUCAUUCAGUUGCCGGUUGACUCACUUCCUCUCCCUUCCCCUUCAUUUCAAGUGAAGUGGGCGAUUCGUGAUUCCUUGUUGCUUAUCUGAAUGACUGAUUUGAACAAGAUAGAGAGCUCGAUUUGAGUUGGAGGUGAAUGGGGUCCAAGAUUUGCAUGAAUUCCUCGUGUGGAACUGCUAGCACCCAUGAAUGGAAGAAGGGAUGGCCUCUGCGAUCUGGUGGUUUUGCUCAUCUCUGCUACCGUUGCGGCUCUGCCUAUGAGGAUAGUGUUUAUUGUGAUACAUUCCACUUGGAGGAAUCUGGAUGGAGGGAGUGUCGCUUAUGUGGCAAACGUCUUCAUUGUGGUUGCAUAGCCUCCAAGUAUCUGCUGGAACUCCUAGAUUAUGGAGGUGUUGGGUGUACCAGCUGUGCAAACAGCUCCCGACUUCAUUCAGUUAGAAGAAUUCAGACGCAUGGUGAUGAAAUUCCCAAUGGAUUUAGUGCAAUGCCAAUGAAUAAUGCUGGAUCCAGUUCUGUUGAAAGUAAAGCAGUUGGUGAUCAUGUUGAUGAGAGAACACUUGCACAAUUGUGCAAAAUCAUGGAGGCUAAUGAAUGCAACCUCUUGCCUCAAUCUCAAAGAGGUGAUCCAAAUGCAUCUCUUGGGCAACACAGAGGAGAGGAAGCCAUGUGUUCCGUUGGGGAAGUGGGUGCUGGUUUUUCAAACUCUAUGCAACCAUAUGUUCGACCACCUAACUUUGCGCAAACAGACAAUGCUAGACCAGCAUUAGACAUUAGAGAUAUUCAUGAUUCACUUUCACAACCUUCUUUGAGUAUGACUUUGGGAGGACCAUCUGGGAAUCCAAAUUUUGUUCUACCUUUUUCCAGUGGGCUUGCUGAGGGAAAAGAACAGAGCAAAAUGUCGUCCUCUUUUCAACAAGGGCAGCGAUCUCGUCCAAUAUUACCCAAACCCUCAAAAAAUGGUCUAGCGACAAGUUCAGAAGUAAACAAAAGCAUGGUUCCCCAGGCGCGAAUUGCAAGGCCACCAGUUGAGGGACGGGGGAAGAAUCAUUUACUUCCUCGGUAUUGGCCAAGGAUUACUGACCAAGAGCUGCAGCAACUAUCAGGAGAUUUGAAAUCUACCAUUGUCCCACUGUUUGAGAAGGUUCUCAGUGCCAGUGAUGCUGGUCGAAUCGGUCGAUUAGUGCUCCCAAAAGCAUGUGCUGAAGCGUAUUUUCCUCCCAUUUCACAAUCAGAAGGUCUUCCUCUAAGGAUUCAAGAUGUAAAGGGGAAAGAAUGGACGUUUCAGUUCAGGUUUUGGCCAAAUAACAAUAGUAGGAUGUAUGUCUUGGAGGGUGUAACACCUUGUAUUCAGUCCAUGCAAUUACGAGCAGGCGAUACUGUAACAUUUAGUCGAAUAGAUCCUGGAGGUAAACUUGUUAUGGGGUUUCGGAAGGCGACAAACUCUGAUACACAGGAAGGCCAAACAUCUUCCCUUCCUAAUGGUGCACAUUCUGGGGAAACUUCCAAUUCUGGUGGCAUUGAGAAUUUGUCUACAGUGAGUGCUUACUCUGGUCUUUUUCAGACCCCAAAAGCAGGAAAGGAUCCUCUUGUAAAUUCUCUGUCUGAACAUUUGAGUUUGGCUGAUGGAACCAUCAGUUGGGGUAGAGGUGAGAACCAUGGAGACGGAGCAAAUGAGGAUCCAGUGCAGCAACCAGCAGUGAAUGCAGAGAAGAAGAGGACUAGAAAUAUUGGGUCCAAAAGUAAGAGGUUGCUGAUGCAUAGUGAGGAUGCUUUGGAGUUAAGGCUCACGUGGGAAGAAGCACAGGACUUGCUUCGUCCACCCCCAAGUGUCAAGCCUAGCAUUGUGACUAUUGAGGACCAUGAAUUUGAAGAAUAUGAUGAACCCCCUGUUUUUGGAAAGAGAACUAUAUUUGCAGCUCAACCAUCUGGGGGACAGGAGCAAUGGGCCCAGUGCGAUGAUUGCUCCAAAUGGCGAAGGUUACCCGUUGAUGUUCUUCUCCCUCCAAAGUGGACAUGUUCAGAUAAUGUUUGGGAUUCAAGCAGGUGUUCAUGUUCUGCAUCAGAGGAGAUUAGCCCAAAGGAACUGGAGAAUCUUCUUCGAGUGGGUAGAGAUUUGAAGAAGCGAAAAAUUCUAGAAAGUCCUAAGCUGGCCACAGAACGUGAACCUUCAGGCUUGGAUGCUCUGGCUAGUGCUGCAGUUUUAGGAGACAAAAUGGGUGAUGUGGGGGAGUCUUCAAUUGGAGCUACAACAAAACAUCCCCGACACCGCCCUGGCUGUACCUGCAUUGUGUGCAUUCAGCCUCCAAGUGGGAAGGGAAAGCACAAACCUACAUGCACCUGUAAUGUGUGCAUGACUGUAAAGCGCCGGUUUAAAACACUCAUGCUGCGGAAGAAGAAACGUCAAUCAGAACGUGAAGCAGAAAUUUCCCAGAAAGAUAAUAAUGGCCACAAGGAUGAAUCGGAGCUGAAUGACACAAGACUUGAUCAUUCAGAGAAUGAAGGAAGCCACAGCAGAAUUCAAGCUGAGGUAGCUGAGACCAGUACUGGACAAAUAGACCUGAAUUGUCACCCCAAUCGUGAAGACCUGCAACUUGAAGAACAAGGAUUGAAUAUGAUGAGUCUUGUUCAAGCUGCUGGCAUGCCGAUGGAAAAUUAUAUAAAGCAAAAUGGGCUUCCAAGCCUAAUAAGUGAGCAACAGGGUAGCCUUGGUUCCCAUGCACUAUCACAAGCUAACAAAGAGAAUGAGAGACACCUAUCUGAUGAAGAGUUUCUUGCAUCUGUAGGAUGGGAGCAUGACAACAGAAGUGAUGAAGGGCAUAAGGAGCCCAGUUUGGAGAGAAAUGGUCUUCAGUAAAAAUGUCCUCAUAUUUAGACUCUUUUUUUUUUUUUCUCCUUUUUACAAUUAUAAUAAUUUUGUUUUGCCUGUUUCUAAUAUGUUGGUGUUUGUCUCACACCUCCACACACUGUAAUUUCCUUGUUAAUUUGUUACCUUAACGAGUAAAUUCUCUCUCUCGCCUUCCAUAUACAUGUGCGGAAUUGUUAUGGUUGUGUUGUAAUUUAUACUGCUCGAUGCUAGGCUGCUGGCUGGGAUUUGGUUUA